CCCAGCCCGGCCCCCCUGGAAGCAGCUCUAAGACGGGGUUCAGGGUGUGUCCUCCCUCCAGGGCUGCCCGGCAGCCCCCUGCGCUUUCCCAGCCCAGAGACAGUCAGGGACCAGGAUCGCUCACCUCCAAGUCCCUGGCCUGCUAAGUCCCUUGUGAACCCAGAUGCCCAGGUGACUGGAGUGAGCUCAGUGGCAAGCGGUAGGCAGCAGGGGCCGGGGGCCCAGAGGAGCCCCGUCGCCCACUCCCCUCCCUGCCCCAGAGUCUGAGCUGUCCCCCUCCCCCAUCUCCUCCACCACAGCCAGGGGCUGGGCCUGAAGGGGAAAAGAGUGGGCGAAAGCCCUCAGACCCAGACAUGCAAACCUCCAGCCCCUCUCUGUCCCAGCCCAGUCCCUGGUGGGCACCACGGUUUCCCCUCUCGUCUGUUUCCUCUUCUGAAAAAGGGGGCAGGGGCUGGAUGCAAAGUUCUCCUGGCCUGCGGCCCCCAGAGGAGGACGGAAGGUAGGGCAUUCUCUCUCACACCCAUUUCUCAGAUGAGGAAGCUGAGGCUCAGCAGGGGAGGGAAGUUCUUCGGGGAAGAACCAGGAGAGAGCAGUGGAGGAGUGGUGAGGAGGAGGGAUGGUGUCUCUGCAGCCCGGGCACCUUGUUCUGGGGGCCGCUCUCUCUCCUGAUCCUCCUAACAGCACCUGGAAAGGGGGGUGGGUUAUUUGUGUAUUUGUGUUUGCUUUAAAAAAAUGUUUCAAAAAUCCAAACAAUGCAUUCUGCAGGCAGUAAAUCGGAGGCAGGCCUGUGGGGAAGUGAGUGGUGUGCAGGGCGUGGCCCCGAGUUACCCCGCCACGCACGGCGUGCUCUCCGUAAGGUUCCCGGCAGUUGUAGAAUUUCCCGAGCACUUGGCUGCGUUCGGGUCCUGCGGUUGUAUCCGAGGCCCUCUGGGCAUCGCCGCCUCCACCACGGCCCUGUCAGGCCACGAGCAGGGAACCUACGGCCCAUUUUGCAGGCAGGCAAAGAGAGGCCUAGAGACAGCAAAGGGAUCCGGCCCAAGAUGCAGUUCGCGGUGGCCCUGCCCCACGCCCUCUGCGUUCCCAGCACAAAGCCAUUGGCCCAGGUGCCAGGCCCCACCCCUGCCUCCCUCUGCACAGGGACUGGCGGGAGCCCAGGCAGUGGCGCCCCUCACAGGGUCUGUGCGGGUUUUUCCUGCAGCGGGGCCUGCUUUUCCACAAGGUCCCCAGGGCUCCGCAGCUGGGGGCGGGGCUGGCGGGAGUCUCAGUUCCUCCCGAGGCUUCCUGCAGGCCCCUUUCACUUCCUGCCUGGGGGGCUCAGGGAGCCGGCGGGGAGGCCCAGCUGGGGAGGCCAGGGAGGCGGCCGACCCCUCGCCUCGGGCUGCGUCUGCAGGCCGGCGCACAGCGCUGUGUGUGGAAGCUGGCAGCAGCUCUGGGUCCCUGGGGGCACAGGGCAGGCCGCUCUGAGCCCCACAGGGGUGGCUGAGGGCAGCAGUGCCCUCGGGACGUGGGAAAGUCGGGGAGGCGCCUAGGAAGAACAAGGCGUGGCCCCGGCCUUUCCCCCAGGGAACGCGGCAGCUGUCGGGGCUGAGGGCGUCUGGGUGGUCCCAGGGCCCGGCGGGGCCCACGCUGCAGCCCGGAUCCAGGACAGCUCCGCGACCCCGACUGCGUGCCGCUUGUGCGGUCAGCCCUAGCGUGGCCCCGACUCGGGCUGCAGGGCGCGGGGAGGGGGCGGGACUGAAGGACCCCAGGCCCAGAGGGGCGGAGUCCGGCUUGGCUUCGGGGCUAGGAGAGGAGGGGCCGCGGGGUCCCUGUCCCCACCUGCGUCGCAUCGCGGCUGGGGACGCGAGGGGCGUUAUUCGGGCCAAGGAAGGGUCGGUGGGGAGGGGUGCUUGGGAGUGAGGCGCGAGGCUGAACCUCAGCUCUGCUCUGCGCGACCUUGGGAGCCCGGGCUCCCCCUCCCUCCCACGGGCAGCUGGAGCCUGAGUCACUCCUGUCUCAGGAGACAAAGGCGGAUCCAGACCCCCUCCGGUGGCAUUUGCUCUCACUGGGGGUCUGGGGCCCUCCUCCAGCCAGGACGGGACCUUCCAUGAGCUUGGGGGUGGCACUGUCACUGUCCCCGGGGCAGAGAGGGCUCCCACGGGCCCUGGCUGGCGCAUCACGCAGGUUUGCAGGCAUUGGCUCCCUCUGCACCCCUGCCCACAGGGGCCAGCAGCCCACCUUGCGAGUGAGGGCACUGAGGUCUAGCCAGGGUGGCUGGCCCUAGGAGGGCAAGAAUUCCCACCCUGCCAACUGGCUCCGCAGUGCCGGCUACAUGGGAGCAUCCCAGGACGGGAGAACAGGCCGUGCGCAGGCCUGGCGCACACGCAGGGGUCAGGGCUGGCCAGGCGAGGCCAGGCCGGGCAGAUGUGCUGUCCGGGGUAGGGAGCGCUGCCCUGGGGCCGGCCUUGCUCACCUGGCCAGAGGCAGUUCCGGGGUUCAUGGUGCUGGCUCCAGGCCAGGCCCUGGCCCCUCCCUGCUCCAGGCCCAGCAGCCAUUUCCCCUCCGCGUCUUGGGUUUCUCUUUAGAAAAUCUCAGCCCCUCGGCCCAGGGCGGCAUGGGGAAGGCGGACUGGCCGCCUGCCAUCUACAAUGGGGAUGCGGAGGCCAGCCCGGGCCCUCCUUAAUGCCCACGCGCUCUCAGGACCCCGGGGCCCUCCACGGCCAGGGUUGGGCACCAGUGAGGGAAGGAUACAGGCGUGCCCACAUGGACACACGUGUCCACAGCACAGGGACAGCCCCAGCGCCAGCUGCGGGCACCAGGAGUGGGGGGUGGGGCACUGCCCUUCCGGCACGGAGACUUUGAGCCCCGCCGGGCUGCAGAUGCCCGGUGUUAUUUUAAGCUUGGAUCAAUGCACAAUUUUCAGUGAUACAGGCUUGGGGGUGGGGGGACAGGCAAGAGGGACAAGGGGCAAGUGCCCUGGAGCCUGGCUGUGCGAGAGGCCCCAAGGUCCGUCCUCUGCUGGCUCCAUCCCCAGCUGCCCUCACCCAGCACGUGGCCAGGCACCUGGGGACAGUGGGGGCUGAGUGGAGGGACGGAUCCCAGGGCCCAGCCAGUCACUUGGGCUCCUGUGUGUGCAGCUGCCUCUCCUGCUGCCCCCCGCCCCCAUCAAGUGUCCAUAUGGAGAGGGCACCAAGUACCUGGCUCAGACCCAGGGGAUGUGGGCACCUGUGGUUGCUGCUGGCCACUGAAUCAGACUGAGAAGCGCAGGGAGCUGGCGUGGGGCUUGGACAUCAUCUCCCCCUCCCCCAGACUGGGGGGCGGGGCUGGAAUUCAGCUCCUUCGUUGGACAGAUGGCCAUCCCUAUGCACAUACCUUUGCAGGGAGCCAGCACGAGGUGGAAGUUAACAGAGGGCCCGAUGCCAGGGCAGUGAAGGCAAGAGGGGGCUCAGCAGAGGACGCAAAACCCAGCAGAGUCGUCCUCACGGUUCCGGGGAGCAGCCCAGCACCCUGCAGCGGGGCGGGGGGGGGGGGUGGAAGGGGAAGCAACCGCUCCCUGAGCCCCUGCAGCCUGGGGGCAUCAUGCAGGCAGAGCCUGAUCCAGACAGGGCAGCAAAGAUCCCACUUCUAGGGACACCCGCGAAGGGACCGACAAGGACGCCCCAGAGGUGUGGCUGGGAAGUUCUGAGCAGAAUAGCAAAGCAAAGUCUUGAAGGGCAGCCAGAAGUAAACCAAGAACCCAGCUACAAAGCCGGAUGCGAAGGUGGCAUUCCUGCAGGGGCUGGCCCUGGUGAGGGGAGUAAAGCGGUUUAAUUUCGUCCUUGGCUCGUCUGCCUUUCUCCUGCAAAACCAGGGCACGUGUUUUCCUGGGGUGGGGUCUCACCCCCUCCCUGGCGUGGGCCGCCCUCCCGGCAGGUGCGGGAGGACUUGAUCCUCCUUGAGAUGCAAAUCCUCCACUCUGAGACGCAGAGCCCCGGCCAGCCGAGGGAAGCGGGGUUGGCAAAUGGAGCGGCAGGGACCCGAAGAGAGAUUCUUCGUCUUACAGAAACUAGAGGCUGGACAGUGAUGGCGGCGUCCGUGGUGAACCGCCCGGCAGCCCAUGCCCUCCGGGUGUUCCCAUCUGCAGGGUGGGAGGUGCCACGGCGACCCCUUUCUCCCGCAGGGCCAGGAGGGGGAACCGAGGCAGGGAGAAGAGGUGGCCACCCGCCCUGCUGUCCUGCAGAGCCCAGCUCCGGAAUCCCGUCGGGACCUGGGGCGUCCUGGGGCUGUCUCUGCCCGGCCUGCCCUCCUCUUCCCCGUCACAGCCAGGGGGAGGGCAGCAGGUGGCUGGAGGGCAGCUGCCAGGCCGUGGUCGGAGCCGCGGGCCCAGGGGGACCCCGGUUCAGCGUCUGGGAGGUUCUGAAGCCAAGGCACUCUCCCUGGAGGUGACCGCCGGGGUUUCCCUCCCUUUUGGUAGGUGGGGGAUGGAGGCGUAGAGACGGGAGGGGUCCUCCCAGGGGAGGGGGAGGAGAAGGGGGCACCGAUCCUCGUGGGACUGCCCUGGGCUGCUGUGACCUCCGCACCUCCGUCCCUGCACUUGUAAAGCACGGGCUCGCCCGUCGCGGGCUGGGGACCCGAGGUGGCAGCGUCCCGAGCCCUCGGCGGAGCCCUCUGCAGCGCCCACUUCCGAGGAGGGUCCCUGGCUGGGCGCCCGGCCGUGCGGCCCUGCCUCGCCCCCUCCCGCCCCUCGCGGCGGCUGCGCUCCGCCCCCGGCUCUGCCUCCCGCCGCCCGCCCUCUUCCCGCGCUCGCUCCCCCGCCCGCCCGAGCCCGAGCCCGAGCCCGAGCCCGAGCCCGAGCCCGAGCCCGCGCCGGAGCCGGAGCCCGAGCUGGAGCGCGGGCAGCGCGGAGCGGGCGGCGGCCCCUGGCAGCCCGCACUGCGCGGCCCCCAGGCCCAGGACCCGCACACCCUCCAGAGCCGAGAGCAGUCAGGACCGCGCGCAGGCACGGACCCGCCGCCGGCCGGGAAAAAUCCCAGGGCGCGGACUGGCCAGCGUGCGUCCGAGGUGAGCCCCGGCGGGGGACGCGUCCACCGGAGGUGUGGCCCCGGGCCUGGGGUCUCCAGAGGACGCUGACGGCCCAGGACGCAGCGCCGCGGCGGCGGAGCCAGCGCGAUCCCUGGGGGCACCGAGGAGCCGGGCCGGGGAAGCCGCGGCGCCCGGCCAUGCGCGGGGCGCAGUAGCAGGAGGCGCGGGUCCGAUGGAGCGGGCCGCCACGCCGGGGCUCCGGCUCGCGCUCGGGCUGGCGCUGCUGCUGGCGCGGCCGCCGUCGGGCUGCGCAGGGGCCCCCGAGGCGCAGGAGCCCGCGGCGCCCGGCACGGCGGCCCCGGUCGGCGGCGACCGCUGCCGCGGCUACUACGACGUGAUGGGCCAGUGGGACCCGCCCUUCAACUGCAGCUCGGGCGCCUACAGCUUCUGCUGCGGCACGUGCGGCUACCGCUUCUGCUGCCACGACGGGCCGCGGCGCCUGGACCAGAGCCGCUGCUCCAACUACGACACGCCCGCCUGGGUGCAGACCGGCCGGCCGCCGGCCCGCGCGCGCGACGCCGCGGCGCCCCGGGACCCGGCCCGCGAGCGCAGCCACACGGCCGUCUACGCGGUGUGCGGCGUCGCCGCGCUGCUCGUCCUGGUGGGCAUCGCCGCGCGCCUGGGCCUGGAGCGGGCGCACAGCCCUCGCGCGCGGCGCACCGUGACCAGGACACUGACAGAACUCCUGAAGCAGCCGGGCCCCCAGGAACCACUGCCUCCACCUCUGGGCCCACCUUUGGGUAGCUGUGUCCAGGUGCAGAUGGGGGACGGCCUGCCCCGGAGCUCCGCCCACGACAGCACAGACAAGAACCGCCUCAACAACGCGCCCCUGGGGUCCGCCACCCCGGGGCCCCCGCGAGGCCCCCGGCUUCAGGGCGGCGGCGUGACGCUGCAGCCCGACUACGCUAAACUCGCCGCGCUCAAGGCCGUAGAGGCCGCCCCCCAGGACUUCUACCCGCGUUUUCCCGCUACCGAGCAGGCCCCGCGGACCCUCCCGGCGCGGGCCCCGCGGCCUCCCGAGGACCUGCCCGCCCGGCUCGACGCCUGCCCCUGGGCCCCGCCAGGCUACGCGCCUCCCGCCGGCCCCGCUCCGUCGGGCCCCUACGCGGCCUGGACCGCCGGCCGCGCCCGGCCCAGCGCGCGGGGCCACCUGGCCGUGCAGGCCUCCCCGGCGGCCCGGCGGCCCGGCCACGCGCCCCGGCGCCAGUUCAGCGUGGAGAAGCUGCCCGAGGCCUUCAGCCCCCAGCCUCCCGGCCUUUACGGCAGCGCGAGCCGCGGCCCGCGGCACCUGAGCACCAACAGCAAAGCUGAGGUCACCGUGUGAAGCGGCCGCGGGGCGUCCGGGGAGGGGCGUCGCCCGAGCCCUCUCGUGUCCGGCCCGGGGCAGGCCCCCGCGGAGCGGAGCGCCGUUCAGGGAAGGCCAGCUCGGCUGACCGCCUACACUGGGCUGGCGGCCUUGGAGCCUGCGGGGCUGAGAAGGGGCUCACUGGGUGAGGCCCGCGGCUCUGUCCGUGGGGCCGGGGCCCGGUUCCCGGUGUAAAUAAAGCCUCGAAUGUGGUUCCCGCCCCUGAAAUAAAGGAGCCCCAGCUUGGCCUGGAGCGGCGCUGA